AUGGAGAAGGUUGUUCUUACUACGUACCGCAAGCUGUACAAGAUGUGCCGCCGCGUCGACGCCAGCGUGGCGAUGCGGACGCAGCUCAUGUGCUGCCCAUUACAGGUGUACGACCAUCGGAUGAUGGAAUGGCAGCCGUUCAACAUUAGCGAGAUGAAGUGGGCCGAGUCACGCACCUUCCUGGAUGCGUUGAUUCGGCGGCUGAACAACGGGAGUCCGCAAUACAUUCCACCGCUGCCGCAGGAGACGACGCGGGCGGUGGAGGCGUACAAGGAGCAGUGUGCGUUCAUGUUUACCAUGGGGGCGAAAGGAAACGCCGAUGGCGCCGCCGCCAGCGGGGAAGGUGUACCCGCCGCCACCUCAGCAGCAGAAGACGCCGCUGGUGCUGAGGGCGCUGCUGCGUCUGGCUCUUCCACCGCAUCGUUGGGAGGCGCGCGUGGCACCACCGUGCCAUUAUGCGUGCUACCCUACAGUACUCUGACCGUGGCGCUCCGGCAAAUCUAUGAGGCCACGCCGUUCUCUAUGAGCAACAUCACCAAUGCCUUUGCAGCGGUGAAGGAACUGCAGUACGUGUGCGACCUGGAUAACGCUGGAAAGACGAAGCUGGUAACGAUGACCGUUGGGCCGUCCUCUGCGGAGACUGCUGAGGUGGCGCAGCUGCAGCGAGCACUGGAGGUGAUGCCGCUGCACAACUCUCUCAUUCACGGCCUCAGCUCAGAUCAGCGAGUCUCGCUAGACCGCCAGACGCGCCACGCGAGGAAGUGUUCCUCCGCGUCGCGCGACAAAGACGGCCCACCGGUGACGAUCGCGGCUGCAGCGGCGGCCGCAACCUCAAAGGCAGGAAUGUCUCCUGAAGCGCUCACGUCUGCAGAAAACUCUUUCGACAGCGCUCCUGACGUGGAGGGGGAAGCCGAUCUCAUGGGCGAGGGCGAGGUAGGCGGCGUAGCGGAGGGGAGCGAAAGAGCCGAGCGCAGAAGCCCGCCCGAGGAGAGCGGGGCACCGUCCGGCGAGGAGCUGAGUGACAUCCUCCCUGCUCAGGCGGAGAUGGCUAAGGAGCCCAAGGAGGUGCAGCUGCUGCUCUCUCACCCCACCGCACGCGGCUUCUUCCGGCGUACGGUGUUGCUCAUGGUGCGCCACGUCACGCACGAGUCCGCAGCGCUUGUGCUCAACAAGCCGCUUCGCAACGAGGAAGGGCUGGAGAUGUCCAUCGAGGCGACGGUUCGGCUGGGCCGCGUGCAUCCAAUCUUCCGCCGACACCUGGCGCAGCACACACUGAUGAUUGGUGGCCCGGUCAUGUCAGGCAGCUCUUUCGACGACAGCAUCUUCCUUCUCCACCGAGUGCCUGGGGUCCCGCACGCCCUGCCGCUCGGGUCAAACCUGUGGUUGGACGGCGACCUCGACGUCCUCAUGGCGAAGCUGGACGCGGAGGAGGCUUCGGCGGAGGAGGACAUUGUCGUCUUGUGCGGCUUUGCGGGGUGGGGCUUCGACCAGCUCAAGGGUGAGCUGGGCCAUGGCUACUGGGUGGUUGCCAGCGGCCCUAGCGCUGACGCGUCGGUGGGUGCGUUUGUGAUGUCCCUCGCCCGCACGACGAGGGGCCAGUCCCCGCGGCAGCAGAGGCAGCAGGCGGCCAACACCGGCGCUGCCGCAGCGUCGUCUUCGGCGAAUGAGAAAGAGCCUGCGGAAGUCGCCGGUGCGGCAUCGGCCGGCCCCGAGAGUGGCUCUGCUGAGCAGGAGAAAGCAGCGGUGUCCGCGUUCGCGGGCGCAGUGAAGGUGGAGGAGAGCAUCCGUGCCGUGGCGCAGCACGCGGCCGACGCAGCUGCGUCGCCGGCGAUUACGUUCCUCAAGCGCCGCCGUCGUCGUGCCGCCGACUUUGGCAAGGCGCAGAGUGGGCACAUUGAGACUCUCUCGUGGGUCCGUGCGUACGCGUCGGUGGGGCAGCCGUAUGCAGACAUGGCCAUCAACCAAAAGGCGUUUGCAGAGGAGGACGACUUCCAGGAGUGA